AUGCUUGGUGCAGAGGCGUUCUGUCUCUAUCUAACUGGCUCUGAGUCGGCCAGUGGACCAGACACUCGCGACACCACUCCUCCACAACGCGGCAUGAAUGAAGGAGGUGAACAGCAGACUGCCAAUCCACGAGGAACACUGGCCACCACACACGAAACAAUCAGUCGCUUAGCUGCUAGCACAACCCACUCCUCCCUCCCUUCCAGUCCUCACCUUCAUCAAGUGAUCUUUGCUGCGAGUCGACUCUCACCCACUCUCCUUCCAUCACUCGACUGCACACGUAGUCCCCCAUGA